CAGUUCUGACACACAGUCCAUUUUGUCCAUUUUCCAGUCAAAAAGCGUGAGACAGGUCGUAUUUACCGCCUGCCGCUUGAGGAAACCGAAAGUAACGUGACGCACCUGAAGGCAGCAGGAUAUGUAACGAGCCGGAACAAAGUGACGCAGCGCAACCCGUCCGCUGUAUCCGUGCACCGAAUAUAGUCCCGCGUAAUGUCAGCGCGACACCUUCAUUAAUCAGGUUUAAGGCCACAUUUCUUUUCACAGUAAAAGCUUCGUUGUCAUGGGGCGGAAAGUCACCGUCGCCACCUGCUCGUUAAACCAGUGGGCGCUGGACUUUGACGGCAACCUGCAGCGGAUCCUCACAAGCAUUGAGGUGGCAAAGUCUCGUGGAGCCAAAUACCGGCUGGGACCAGAGCUGGAGGUCAGUGGUUAUGGCUGUGCAGAUCAUUUCUACGAGUCGGACACGCUGCUGCACAGCCUCCAGGUGCUGAAGAAGCUUCUGGAGUCUCCCGUCACGCAGGACAUCAUCUGUGACGUGGGAAUGCCCAUCAUGCAUCACAACGUUCGCUAUAACUGCCGCGUGGUGUUCCUGCACAGGAGGAUUUUGCUGAUCAGGCCGAAAAUGCAGAUGGCAAACUACGGGAACUACCGAGAGCUGCGCUGGUUCUCGCCGUGGAGCCGGUCCAGGCAAGUCGAGGAGUAUUUCCUGCCCCGGAUGAUCCAGGAGGUGACAGGGCAGGAGACCGUCCCGUUCGGUGACUGUGUGUUAUCCACCAAGGACACCUGCAUCGGCAGUGAGAUGUGUGCUGAGCUCUGGAACCCCAGAAGCCCGCACAUCGACAUGAGUCUGGACGGGGUGGAGAUCUUCACAAACUCCUCAGCCAGCCACCACGAGCUGCGUAAGGCCGACCAGAGAGUCAGCCUGGUCAAGUCUGCCACCACGAAGAGCGGGGGGAUCUACCUGUAUGCCAACCAGAGGGGCUGCGAUGGGGACCGUCUGUACUACGACGGCUGCUGCAUGGUGGCCAUCAACGGGGACAUCGUGGCCCAGGGGGCGCAGUUCUCCCUGGAUGACGUGGAGGUCGUGACAGCCACCCUUGACCUUGAGGAUGUGCGUAGCUACAGAGGAGAGCUCUGCCAGCCGCACCUGGAACAUGAUGUGAAAUCGUGCCGCAGGGUCAAAGUCGACUUCAGUUUGUCCAGCGGAGACGACGUCUUCCUGCCGACGCACCAGCCGAUCACGUGGCAGUUUCACACCCCGGAGGAAGAGAUCAGUCUGGGCCCCGCCUGCUGGCUGUGGGACUACCUGAGGAGGAGCGGACAGGCUGGUUUCCUGUUGCCUCUGAGCGGAGGAGUCGACAGCUCGUCCACCGCCUGCAUCGUCCACUCCAUGUGUGUCCUGGUGUGCCAGGCGGUGCAGGACGGCAACGUGCAGGUGCUGCGGGACGUCCGCAGGGUGGUCGGCGACGAGGCCUACUGUCCUCAGCGCCCGAAGGAGCUGUGCGGCCGCGUCUUCACCACCUGCUACAUGGCCAGCGAAAACUCCUCGGAGGGCACCCGCGGCCGGGCCAAGGACCUGGCCGCCCAGAUCGGCAGCGCACAUCUGAAUAUCAACAUAGACCUGGCGGUGAAAGGCAUGCUGGGAGUUUUCUCCAUGGUUACGGGGAAGCUGCCUCAGUUUCGCGCCAGCGGCGGAAGCGUCAGAGAAAACCUGGCUCUGCAGAACGUGCAGGCUCGUAUCAGGAUGGUGCUGGCCUACCUGUUCGCCCAGCUGAGUCUGUGGGCUCGGGGAAAGCCGGGCGGUCUGCUGGUGCUGGGAUCGGCCAAUGUCGACGAGAGUCUGACAGGUUAUUUCACCAAGUACGACUGCUCCAGCGCCGACGUUAACCCCAUAGGAGGAAUCAGCAAGACGGACCUGAAGAGCUUCCUGCUGUACUGCGUGGACCAGUUCCAGCUCCCCGCUCUCACCGGCAUCGUGGCGGCUCCGCCCACGGCCGAGCUGGAGCCGCUGACCGACGGCCAGGUGUCGCAGACUGAUGAGGCAGACAUGGGCAUGACUUACUCGGAGUUGUCGGUGAUAGGACGUCUGAGGAAGAUCUCCAAGUGUGGCCCGUACAGUAUGUUCUGCAAGCUCAUCCACAUGUGGAAGGAGGCGUUCUCUCCCUCCGAGGUGGCGCAGAAGGUGAAGCAUUUCUUCAGGAUGUACUCAGUGAACCGCCACAAGAUGACCACGGUGACGCCGUCCUACCACGCCGAGAGCUACAGCCCCGAUGACAACCGCUUUGACCUCCGACCUUUCCUCUACAACACCCGCUGGACCUGGCAGUUCAGAUGCAUCGACAAUGAGGUGUCUCAGGUGGAAGGAAACGCCCAGCAUCAAUAAGAUCCUGACGUCUCUGAAAAUCCUAAAACUAAAAUGAGAUGACAUUCUGUUAUGGACCAUCUUCUCUGCAGCCAUCGGGCAUCAAGCAGAGGGAACAUCCCCUUUCCAGACUGUUCACCUACGAGCUGCUUGUUUCGUCUGACGGCAGCAACCAAAGAGAAUCACAGAGGUCCAACUCCUGAUGGCUUACAUCAGCUUUUAUUAUCAAAUACAGAUAUUAUUCAUUUUAUUAUGUGAAUGGGAAAAUAAUUGAUAAAUGAAGGUGUGUUAUGUUUGGUGUUAAAUCAUAAGUAAUGUAACGCUACAAGAGAAUACCUGAAUCACCUGAUUGCCUGACAAUACCUGAGUCUUGAAUGGAGUUUAACAAAUACAUGACAUUACCAAACUCAGAAGCAAUAAAGAAUAAGUGGAGUGUGCAUACCCGACCCAAGCCCAUAGGGACCUGGUGGGACCCGACAGAUCAGGCCGGGUUCAGACAAAAAUUUCGAAAUUAUGUUGGGGUUCAGGUCGAAUGUAACCUAGCGAUGGAGGACAACACCUGUCGGGUUUGGUUACUGUGCUCCCGUACAAGCCAGAAGAGCCAGAAGAGCCAUUUUCUGCUGCUACCAAACACUUUCUGUCCAGAGGGAAACCUUGUCCAUUUAUUUCUGCCUCAAACUGAUUCUGAGCAUUAAAUAACAGUUUGGCCUCAGUCUUCUGCAGCACUACAGAUCUUCUCUGGACUCUCUGUUGUCACAGGGCUUGUGCUGUAAAAGAAAUCGAAACCCUGUUAGUUUCAAGAAUGAUUCACUCAGGUCUUCUGAUUUUAUGUAAAAUAAAAAUUAACUGUUGAACAAAAAUUUGGCCAAGAUGA